GCCGUUUCUUUCGCAUACAAAAUUUUGUUAUGUUCGGAACUAACAAGAGUCUUGUUUGAAACAGUGAUUUUCUCAAUCGUAAAAAUCGUUUUAAAACUCUAUAAAACACUGAACCUGAAUUCCGCACAAUGCCUCCGAAGCGGAAGGCUCCCACGACGGACGAGGAUGACGAUGACUACCGCAAAAAGCGCAACCGAAACAACGAGGCCGUGAAGCGUAGUCGCGUGAAAUCCAAACAGCGCACCGAAGAAACGCAGCAGAAGGUCAAUGAUCUCCGGGUGAAGAAUCAAGUGUUGGAGGAUAAAAUCAAAAAUCAGACCAAGGAGCUCAAAUUUCUGAAGGAGCUGUUUCUCACCCAGGCACAGGCCAAAUCCGACAAAUUGGUCGGGGUCAAUCUGGCGGAAUUGCUCAAGAGUUCCGAUGAAGAAGAAGAGGAUGAAGGAAGUGACGAGGAGAAAGGAAGCAGUCGGAAGAAUAAAUCGAAGGCGGGUAGCAGUAGAAGCAGCAGCAAAGCGGGUUCUUCCAGUAAAAGUUAGUUGGUAAGAGGCUUGUUGGUUUAUAGAAUCUAUGUUUGUUUAGGGUAUAAGUAAUCGAAUAAGAAUUCGAAAGUUUUAAGACUAAA